CUGCUAUUCGACAACUCGCACGUCCUGGUCUACUCUUUCCUUAGCAGGGCGAAAGCUUCCCGUCGGGCGCCAGGGGUGCAUACAUCCCUAUUACGAAUCUGUCAAUCCCUGAUAAAGGCGAGGCACCGCCAUCCGUCUAUCCUCCUGAGGGCACAACUCGCUGCGUGCAGUCGUUGGACGCGCGGGCAUAAGCGCCGUUGUUGACAAUAUGGUCCCGGCGAUCCAAGAGCCGGGCUUAUUCAAUCUCCGAUGAUGCCAUCAAUGUCGAAGUCCAAGAGAGUGCAUGUAGGACUUGAUAGAAGCUUUCUCCGCAGUAUAUCCGCAGAUCCCGUUGUCCUCAACAUCGACAGCAAUGAUUCUAGUUUCGUACCCAGCUCUUGUUGGAAGACUGUUCUGCUGCAAGUGCACCUUGAUUCCAAUCAUGUACAUUUCUAUUGGGCCAAUUUUGGUAUCGUUGCAGUUACUCGGCCGCCAGGAUCUAUUCUUGGGACACGGGGAUGCGGCGUUCACUGCCUUCUAUGCUUUGGGCUUUGGUUUUACCACCCCCCAUCGCACAGCAUGGCCACU